AAUUAAGAUCAAUAUCUUAAAUUUUUAGUGUUAAAUAAGUAAUUAACUGAUAAUCAAAUGACAAUUAAAAACAUAAUUUUAAAAUUUGAAAAUUAAUUUAGGACGAAAAAAUAUUGGCUUAUAAUAAACCAAAGUGAGAAGCUUUUAAUUAAGUUUUCAAAAUUCCAAACUCAAAGGCUAUGCCCCACUUGAAACAAAAAAGCGAGGGAAUGAACGUUACACAACCGUUACAAUAAUCAACGGCAAACAAUCCUCCCCUCUUAAGUCAUACUAUUAUAAAACCAUUCCCAUCUUCAUCCUCUCCAUCACCAAACCCAAAUACUCUUUGAAACAAGAAAAUAAAAUGGCAGCAUCAAAUUCUAAAUUAAGAAACUCAUUUUCCUUUCCAAACCUUCUACUUUCAUGCAUAAACUUGAUCCUCUUCAUACUUUCAUUAGCAUCACUUAUCCCCAUAAUUCUCCUUAAAACACCUCCAACUUCCUUAGGCUUUGCUCUUCUAAUCUCCUCGUUAGUCUCAAUAAUCUCUUCCUUGAUCGGCUUUUACCCUCGUCUCACUCAUUUCUGCUUUAUGAUUUACGUCUCUUUCAUCCUCGCUUCCCUUUCAAGCCAAAUCCUUAGCUUCCUCGCCCUCUUUAUAAAGGAGAAAACGAGCCUUUCGAUGCUCAUUUCAUCGAGAGACCCGAGGGAGGCGAAGGUGUUGGUUAGGUUGGAAUGUGGGAUAUUGAUGGCUAUGUUUAUGUUGCAAGUCAUGGUUUUGGUGUUAACAUGUGCUAUUCACAGGUGUUCCGUUAGGGAGUAUGAAGAAUUAGAAGUCGAAAGGGAAAAAACGACAAGGAAGCAGAGUACGAGUGAGGAGGAAACUAUGGUUAAGGUGGCUAACAUUUCUCAAGUUUAG